ACGGCAGGUGGUUCGGGCCGCUCAGCAGCCGGUUGUUUGGGGGCCGAUCCACAAAAUUACCAUAUCAAAACUAAAAGGAAAUUUUAAAAAUUAAGAGUGACCUUUAUGAUUUUAUUAAAUACGAUGAGUUAUUCUAAUCUCGAAUUAUUGGUAAAAAUAUAUUCACCAAGAAGAGGAAAUCUGUAAAGGUUGAACAAUGCAAAGUGAAGAUUGACAAUGGCAUUUAAUUUUAAAACUAUUUCUGCAAAACAAGGAUCUUGGAACUGUUUUAACGGGAUUUCACUCAGUGAUGGGUAGUCCACUCGCCUCAGUGUAGAAUCGGAAGCAAAAUGCGCUUUUGCCUGAAGAAGGUCUUUCUGAUGAUAUCUGGGGCCACAGUCACUUUCCUUCUCCUGGCGUUGGUGGAUUACCAGCGGCGAGGAGGCAGCAGCGGGGUCAAGGUGAACGCCGGCCGGCUGUCGGCCGCUCCGAGCGUCCGGGGUGCCGGAGGGGACCCGCCGCCCGGAGCAGUCAAACCCGGGCUGACAUCUCAAGGGACGCACCCCUCAGAGCGAGCGGCUCGGCAGCGGAAAGUGGAACUGAAGGACAUCUUUAUCGCCAUCAAAACCACUCACAAAUUCCACAAAUCCAGACUGGAAGUGCUUCUGCAGACCUGGAUCUCAAGAGCUUGGAAACAGACGUAUAUCUUCACGGAUGGUGAUGAUGAGGAGCUGAAGACCAGGACAGGUCACCGGGUCAUCAAUACCAAUUGCUCUUCUGCCCACAGCCACCAAGCCUUGUCAUGCAAGAUGGCGGCGGAGUUCGAUGUGUUUGUGGCAUCACGCCUGAGGUGGUUCUGCCACGUCGACGACGAUAACUAUGUCAACGUCCGCGCUCUGCUCGAGCUCCUGUCCAGCUUCCCCCCGACGCAGGACGUCUACGUGGGAAAGCCCAGCCUGGACCGGCCAAUUGAGGCAUCUGAGAAGCUGCCCAACAAUAAAACGAAAUCGGUGCACUUUUGGUUUGCCACAGGAGGUGCUGGGUUCUGUAUCAGCCGUGGCUUGGCACUGAAGAUGAUGCCCUGGGCCAGCAACGGGCAUUUUAUGAACACGGCGGAGCGAAUCCGCCUCCCUGACGACUGCACCAUCGGUUACAUCAUUGAGGCUGUCCUGGGCGUCAGCCUGAUUCGAAGUCCACUCUUCCAUUCGCACCUGGAGAACUUGCAGCUGGUUCCCCGAGCACAGAUUCAAUCCCAGGUCACUUUAAGUUACGGAACCUUUGAGAACAAAAGAAAUAUCAUUGAGAUGAAGGGAUCAUUUUCUGUUGAUGAGGACCCAUCCAGGUUCAAGUCGAUUCACUGUCUACUGUACCCAGAAACACCUUGGUGUCCCUAGACCUGCGACAUGUCUCAGGGUUAAAGGUUACUGGAGGCUAGAGUCACAGUUGCCAGCUCUGCACUUUCUUUGCACUUUGGGUCACUGACGUUUGCGACCAAUGGUGUGAAAUAAAAGAAAGAGGAAGAAAGGAGAAAUAAACACUCAACCAGAACUAUGCUAGAAUGAAAAAUAGUCACACCAUGACUUCGCCAACUUGGCAUACAAAGGAGUGGACCUCAGCUACACACAGAGACAAUGAGAAAAUGCCAAUGAGAUCCUUGACUGGGAAAUAUUUUGAAAGAAGAUUUAUUUUUAAAGAAUGAUAGAUUUCUGUAUAUUUUUGCAUAACUGGAUAGAGCCCUGGCCUGCUUCAGUGCACGCACAAAAGGCAAUUCGGGAUAAUGAUCGUGUACAUCAGUGAGACCUGAUUUAGAUUGGGGGACUGCUUUGCUGAGCACUUUUGUUCCAUCUACAACAGACACGAUUUCCCUGUGGCUAACCUUUUUAAUUCCAGUCCCCAUUCCCAUUCCUGAAUGUCAGUCUAAGGCCUCCUCCACUGACACAGUGAGGCGACCUGCAGGGUGGAGAAGCAAUGCCUCAUGUUCGAUCUCGGUAGCCUCCAGUUUGACGACAUGAGCAUCAAUUUCUCUAACUUUGUCAUUUCUCUUCUUUCCAAUUCUCUCUAUUACAUUUCCCCACUCUGGCUCCCCUCUUAACCCCUCUUCUCCUCACUUGCCAACCACCUCCAUCUGAUUCCCCUCCAAAAUCCCUUUCACCCAUGGUCCACACUCCUUUCCUAUCAGGUUCCUUCUUCAGCUCUUUACAUUUUCCACCUCUCAACUCCCAGAUUAUCACUUUAUCCCCCAAUCCGGAAACCAACCAUUUUGUCUUACCUAUCACCUGCCACCUUGGACUCCUUCUCACCAGUCUUCUUAUUCUGGUUUUCUCCCACCUGCUUUCCAGUCCUGAUGACAGGUCUUGGCCCAAUACGUCAACAGUUUAUUCCCCUCCAUAGAUGCUGCCUGACCUGCUGAGUUCCUGUAUUUUGUUGAUGAUGCAGGAGAGCCUAGUGUGCCGGCUCACUGAGAGAUGCUCUGCACAGUAAAAAGCUUGCUGACUGUGAAUUUCUGCCAGCUGUGGCUUUCUGGAAAUAUAUUUUUAAAAACAAGA